AUGUCUUACGAAUACGACAGCCGGUACUACCAGCGCCCGCGCCAUGACUCUCACUAUACAUCUCGCGACAGCACUGCCUAUGCCUACUCGCGGCACGACCAGACUCUAGCUGAGGCUCGCGAGCAGCUGGCAGACAUGCGCCAAAGCAACCCAUAUACGUCGUCCUACAACACCUACAGCGCCUACGAACCCCGCACUUCCCCACCCCGACAGUCGGCGCCGCAUUCAUACAGGCCGCACCUGCAGAAGAGGACAUGGCCGCCGUCUCCAAGUGUCGAGGACGAGAGGGAGGCGCUAGCAAAAGAGGCGCCGGCGUCUGUGGGGUCGUCAGGGCAGGCCGAGGGUGAGCCGCCGAUCAACACGCGGGGCACCGUCGACCAGGACUCGCUCCUCGACGAGAUCGAGCAGCCGAGAGUCGUACAAGACCAUGACCGCCGCUUUGUGCUCGUGUCUGAGAACAGCCCAGACGACCAUGGCACGCAUACGACCAGCACGCUUCGGGACCGUCGCCGGAGGAGUUUUGCUGAGCGUGGGGGCAUGUCGCACAUCAACACUGACGUCCCGGACCCCCCUCUGUUCGUCGAACGAGAGAGGACCCCCUACGGCUAUUCCAAGCCCCAGAAAGAGUCUACCGCACCGUCUACUGCCGAGUACAUGCGCUCUCCAGAACCCAUGACCCCCUCGAGACCGAGACCAAGUGAAAGCCGGCACAACUCCUACACGACGUCGCGAUCGUCCAAGAAGGAGUACGUCUUCGACUCCGAAUCCGAAACCGACAGCACUACCCACCUGCGAACCGAACGAAAGCCUGCGCGUUACAGCUUCGUGAAGAGCGACCUACAACGGGAGGACCUAAGGACAAAUCUGCGCGAGACACACGAGAGGCCUGAAUCGCAUCGGCGGGAUUCUGGACAGCGUCCACUGCCGACGAUACGUAAGGGUGAUUCGUCAGGCUCCUCAAAGGAAUACUCGAAUGCUCACUCACCGCGCUCAUCCUCGUCCUCGCUGAACAGCACAAGAAAAUCAAGACCUGUGCCUGUCGACACUAUCUCCGCCAACAGUUCGCGCCCAUUAUCCAGACCAGGCUCACCAUCGCAGCGCGCACCCUCACCUCAACUACCCACACGCCUACGCGAUUCUCCUCCAGACUCUCGACCAUCCUCUCGCGGUGGCGCUCGACCGGCCUCUCCCCUGUCUUUCUCAACGACAUUCCAGCCUUCUUCGCCAGGCCGUGGUCGGGUACCCAUAUCAGAGGCGGAUUGGCACUCCACGUAUCCUCCCGCACCCACCAGCGACAGAUCAAGACAGCCUUCUCGAUAUGGUAGAUACGAUACCAUGCCGCUUCCAAGGCCUCGAAUCGAUGUUCACAGUCCGUCCCCGGCGAGACAAUCAAGUUCCGACUCUGCUUUACCAUAUCCCAUAGACGAUCAGCUCAUCGAUGUCUUCAUGCCGCCAGAAGAGCACUAUCAGUUUGAUCACUCGACUGUUGGAUCGCCAAGAGACAGCUAUGUGGAUAUUCCGAGAGCGAGUUCGCCGUCGGUUCCUGGCUCACCAUAUACGAGAGAAUUGCCUUCCCGGUCUAGGAGACAAGACCCUGAGAUAGUAGAGGAGUCGGCACGUACAACAAGGACCAGAUCGGAUAGUCUUCGUUCACAGGACGGCCGCCGUGAUAGGUCGUCUCGGAGGACUGCUUCUAUGGACAGGCCGCUCCCUGAUUGCCCAAGAUCUGUCAAAUCUGGACCUUAUGAUGAUUGGUAUGCUUUACAAGGCCACAAGAACUUUAACAUCUGCCCUAGCUGUUACGAAGGCGUCUUUGCUGGAACGCCUUUUGACGUGGAUUUCAGACAGAUAUGGUUGGGCGACUGGCCGGCCGAGCGGACCUGUGAUUUUAGCAGUCCCUGGACACGUCUUGCAUGGUUACUUACAGUAAAGCAACGUCGUACAUCACUCGAUCUGAUUUAUGCAAUCGCGGAUAUCAUGGAUUAUGUAGUCAGUCCAUGCCCUGGAGAUCGUGAAGCCGGCGCAGAACGUAAUGUCAGCUGGUACGGCAUUCCUAAUCAACGGGACGGCACCCAUAUAGCCAACUUUGCUAUAUGUUCAAGUGAUAGGAGAAUGAUCGAGGCUUUAUUGCCAUCACUUCGGGGUUGCUUCACCAAGAUUCCGCGUGGUUAUAUCGAUUCUUCGGAUACAUGUAGCUUACGUACAAGCUCCUCUCGCUUCGCCAAAUACCUGGACCUACUCGUGGAACUUGACAGGGAGGCUGAAUUGUCCGGCCAACUACCCGACUUGAAUCGCUUCAUCAAGUUGAUCCGGGAAAACUCUUUCAAGGGCGAGUGUGCAAGGUCCAGGACUUUGUUCCGCAAACCAUGGCAUUUUGUCCCCUCUCUACCCGAGUUUACAGUGUGUGAGCAAUGCUAUGAUGAGCUCAUCUGGCCCGCCACCCAGUCCAAAUCCGUAACGUCUCCUAUACCACAUCUAUUCAACAAGUCGAUUCAGCUAGUGCCUGGUGAGGAUCCAGAUGUCGGAUCAAGCUGCUGUCUGUGGAGCAAGAGGAUGCGCGAGGUUUGGAGGGAAACGCUCAAAUAUGACGACUUUUCAUAUCUCAAAAGCCAAGCCAGAGAGAGGAAGAGGGCGGAGGCUAAGUACAUGAAGAACAGGAAACAGAUAGCCGAGUGGCUGGGCGAUGCACCAAAGGGAAGUAGGAAGUAUGCGGAGGCAGAGGACGCAAUGAGGGAACUGAAAAAGAGCUGGUAUACUUAUGAGUGA